GACACACCGGACUGGCUUACACGGCGCCGCGGUCCACCGACUGGCCGGUUUGAAGGAAAAAAAGAAAAAACUGACACGCAAGGCAAAACGGAACGCGGCCAGUCGACGAGCGAGCGCGACACCGAGCGCACGACCCGCGCCACACGCGCCACCCAAAUUAGAAAGUUUGAACGUAUCAAAAACAUACCCGUGUGAGUGUGUGCGAAAAUAUUUUUUGGAAAAAAUAUUUUUUUUUUUUGGUAUUUUUUGCCCGCUCCUGUGAUUGUGUUUGUGUUAGUGCAUGAUACACGGAACCUGUACAGAGGCCGCGAGAUGCUUAUAACAGAGACCUCGCCUCCGUCGCCGCUGAGCGACGAGAAGGAGUCCAAAAUGAGCCAGAUACAGUUCUCACCGCCCUUCGACAAACAAGAAAGCACGAUAUGGCAGAAGCGACAGCAGGCGGUGUGCGUGCGGCACGCGUUCAAGCACUACGGCUCCAACAAGCGGCCCAACCACGUGCUCAGCAACCUCAACAUGACCGUCGCCAAGGGGACCAUAUACGGACUCCUGGGAGCAUCGGGCUGCGGGAAGACCACAUUAUUAUCCUGCAUCGUCGGCAGAAGGAAACUUAAUAGUGGAGAAAUAUGGGUGCUGGGGGGCAAACCGGGGACCAAAGGCUCCGGUGUCCCCGGAAAGAGAGUAGGGUACAUGCCCCAGGAGAUAGCUCUGUACGGAGAGUUCACGAUCAAAGAGACGAUGAUGUACUUCGGCUGGAUCUUCGGCAUGGAAACCAGGGAGAUCAACGAGCGGCUGCGGUUCCUGCUCGACUUCCUCGACCUGCCCAGCGAGAAUAGAAUGGUCAAGAACUUGAGUGGUGGUCAACAACGGCGCGUUUCGUUCGCGGUGGCGCUCAUGCACGACCCUGAGCUGCUGAUCCUGGACGAGCCGACGGUGGGCGUGGACCCGCUGCUGCGCCAGUCUAUCUGGACGCACCUGGUGCGCAUCACCAGCUCCGGAGACAAGACCGUCAUCAUCACCACCCAUUACAUCGAGGAGGCGCGGCAGGCGCAUUGUAUCGGUUUGAUGAGAAGUGGACGCCUCCUGGCCGAGGAAUCACCGCAGGCACUGCUCACCAUGUACAGCUGUAUCUCCCUCGAGGACGUCUUCCUCAAGCUCUCUAGGAAACAAGCCCACGAAGGCACACCAGCAGUCAACCGGCCUGAUGGCCAAGCCAACCAGGCAGUAGAACUGAACGUGAGCGGCGGCGCGCUGGGGCUCAGCAAGCUGUCGAAGCGCGAGGAGGCGCCCUACGCGGCCGAGGACGCGCAGGUCGUCGGACUCAACUUCCACCAGAGCAAGGAGGUGCUCAUCGUCGACCACGCCGCUGGAUCUAAUGGCGAUAUUCCCGGCAAAAUGACAGGCUCUGUGACGCCAGAGUGCGAGGACUGCUCCGGAUGCUUCAAUAUAACGUCCCGUGGUAAGAUCAAGGCGUUGAUCCAGAAGAACUUCCUGCGGAUGUGGCGUAACAUCGGUGUGAUGCUGUUCAUCUUCGUACUGCCCGUGAUGCAGGUCAUCCUCUUCUGUCUGGCGAUAGGACGGGACCCUAGCGGACUUAAAUUGGCUAUAGUGAAUGCUGACGUGAACGUGCUAGACGGCUACUGUCCCUACAACAGCUCCUGCUCCAUGAAGAACCUCUCGUGCCGGUACCUCGAACACCUGGACAAUCACACCGUGAAGGAGUACUAUGCUGACUUGACUUCAGCGCUGGAAGCCGUGCGGCAAGGCGAGGCCUGGGGCGCGUUGUACUUCAACGAGAAUUAUACGGAUUCACUGGUCGCGAGGUUGGCUUUGGCGGACACGGCAGAUAACGAGACGAUAACAUCAUCGGAAGUGCAGGUGUGGCUCGACAUGUCCAACCAGCAGAUCGGACUCAUGCUCAACCGCGACAUACAGUUCUCAUACAGGGACUUCGCUAAGGAUCUACUAGAGACGUGCCACUACAACCCGAAGCUGGGCGACAUCCCGAUCGACUUCAUGGACCCCAUCUACGGCAACAAGAACCCCUCGUUCACAGACUUCGUCGCGCCUGGUGUCAUUCUCACGAUCGUAUUCUUCCUCGCGGUGGCGCUAACAUCCUCUGCCUUGAUCGUGGAGCGCAUGGAAGGUCUCCUGGACCGUUCCUGGGUGGCCGGGGUGGCGCCCGGGGAGAUCCUGUUCUCUCACGUGGUCACGCAGUUCGUGGUGAUGUGCGGACAGACGGCGCUGGUGUUGCUCUUCAUGAUCUCCGUGUUCGGAGUCAAGAACAACGGGAACAUCGUGUUUGUCAUCAUGCUGACAUUGUUGCAAGGUCUGUGCGGUAUGUGCUUCGGGUUCGUGAUAUCGGCCGCGUGCGAGUUGGAACGGAACGCCAUCCAGCUCGCCCUCGGCUCGUUCUACCCCACGCUGCUCCUCAGCGGGGUGAUCUGGCCCAUCGAAGGCAUGCCGUGGAUCCUGCGGUACGUGUCCCUCUGCCUGCCCCUCACCCUCGCCACCAACUCCUUGCGGUCCAUCCUGACCCGCGGCUGGCCCAUCACCGACCCCGAGGUGUACAUGGGCUUCGUCUCCACGCUCGCCUGGAUCAUGGUGUUCCUCGUCGUCACACUCACCAUAUUGAAGUUCAAACGUAAUUAGAUGCCAUUGGUUAUGCUCAAUUUAGGCGGGCACUCUUGUCAUGACAACACUUUAAUGUCAAAUUCGAUAGUGAUGGGACUGUAUAUUGAUGUCGAUUAUUGGCAUUCUAUCGAUAUCGAUUAGGUAAUCGAAACCGACGAGAGAAAGCUCGUUAUCGUCCAUUUAAAGCUUUAUCGUGAUUUUAAAAAUGAAAGUCAUUUCAUCAACGAAACGAAAGUAUGAUAAGUACAGAAUUUAAUUAUUUUUUUAAUGGAAUGAACAUGUUUUCUAUGAAUUGUGAAAAUUUUAAUUUGUUUGUAGAUUGUUUAAAUAACAUAAAUGUAUUUUUAAAAUUGUUAUCUAAAAUGUGACGUACAUGAAAUUUCGAUAUGGGUAACUGCAAUGUAAAAAAAUGACUGCAUAAUAUGACGUUUACCUGGACAUUGGAUUUAAGUGUUCACAUUAGACUACGCCUUCAGAACAAAAUAAUAAAUUUUUUAAGGUGCAAAUAUAUAUAGAUAUUUGUAAUUAACUAAAUAUACAUUUGAUUUUUUCUAGAAUAAAAGUUGCCCAUAAAAUGUGUCGAGUUCCAUUAAACCAGACGUAUGCAUAUCAAAUUAUGUUUUGCUCAAACUGUUACGAACAAAAUUAAUUCACAUACAGAACUCACUAACGGGAUAUAACUUGACUUAUUUAAUUCGAUUAAAAUGAUUCUAAUAUUUGAAUCAAUCGCCUAAAUAAGAUACAAGAGAGCUAUUUUAGUUCCAACAAAUAUAACUGAGUAAAUGAUUAAAAUAUAUAAUUUGACACAAACAAGACAAGUGAAAAGCCAAGUUAUUGAGUUGUUUAUGUGAAAUAGUAAUAGCUAAAUGACUGUUAGUCGAUAUGUACAUAGUAAGCCACUGUAUUUAUAAUUAGAGUACAUGUACUCGCUAGGGUAACGGGAAUGUUAGCAAUAAUGAUUGGUCGAACGCUUUUAGGUUAGGCCCACGUUGUGCUCUAAUGUAUGGAACAUUAAUUAAAAUAUUAAAUAUAAAUUAUAAAUCAUAGAGGUGCAAUAAUCUUGUGCCCUAUUAUUUAAUAAAUUACUUAAGUUUUUGUAAAAUAAAAAAAAUGAUAGCAAACAGUAUGUCUAAAUAUAAAAAUGACAUUAAUGAGAACAACAAAUAUAUCGACAUGUGGAAUAGUGUCCCAUCUCUAAAAAGAUGAUCAAAAGGUAUUUAUUCUCUAGAGGGUCACAUAAAAAAAAAAAUAUUUUUAUAAAAAUAUCCGUAGCGUCACAAAAGCGAUAUUAAAUAUUUCAAACAUUUGAGCACAGCGCAUAUUCAUAUAAUAGGAAAUACUGGUAAUGGAUUUAAUGGAGUUAUAACUUUGACAUAAAAUGUUGAGUUUCUGCGAUACCUGAUACAAGUUACCAUAGAAUAAGAUGGUGCCAUACGCAACUAUGGUUUGUGAGAAACAGGAUUCAGUCACAGAAACAAAUCGAUAUUUAUCGAUUAAUUAUUGGAUAAUUCGAUACUAAUCAAUUAUGGAAUUUGAAAUGGGACUAUGUUAUGAAUUUAAUGACCAUGUAAUGAAAUCAGAAGAAAUGUUUCAGAAUGGUUUUUUCUUUUCCUACUCAUAACGGGCAGGUUUUAUCGAGCGCUGGAUGCAAUAUUUUGGUCCAAUUGAACCAGUAAUUACUUAUUUAUUCAAUUUAGUACUAAAUAUUCUUUAAUGAUGAAUUAAACAAUUUACAUAAUAUAUAAAAGUCUUAUAAAUUUGUGUCAAAAAUACCUUGAAAUUAAUAACUCGAUAAAACUGCUCGAUUACAUUUUCAUAAUAUAAACUUAUCACAAUUUCGAUGUAAAAGAGCGCCAUCUUGUCAAACUAUAAACUAACAAACUGUGUGGUAAACAAAUAGGAAUAAAGUACAUUGUCUAUGGUCGCUUAGCUUUAGCAUAGCGUGUGUACAGUAACUUAGGUGAUGUCAGUGCUGUAUAUGAUAUUUUAGUUUUAAGACGUGGAGUAGAUUUAUUAUGAAAACGGUGUGUUAAAAUGUAGAAAAAGCACCGAAUUCAUACAAAUCUUAUGCAUAUACUGCACACGGUAUAAUCGAUUUCAACGAUAUCGAUACCACAAUCGAUUUUGUAAAUAGUAGCGUAAAACGAUUCUGAUUUCAAAACAGGAUUACAAUAAUUGUCAAUUUUCGGUCUUCUAGUUUCCUAACACGUCGAUAGUGUGUAUCGAUGUCGAUGGAAGUGUAUCGUGUGUUUAGUUGUAUUUAGAAGUGUCGGACUGUGAUUGUUUUUGCUAACAUUGAUAUUUUUUGUAAUGACAAUUAUAUGAUACUACAGUACCAAAUA